GUUGGGAUUGCACCUCCGGGUACCGGACACCAGAUCGUCCCAGAGGCUUCAUCAGGUGCUUUGAGCGCAAAGAGCCUGAGCAAGUUGUUAAGCGACGGCAAAGCACUUCCAGCAUAGACAAGUUGUCUCAUGAGGCAUUGUUAGCACCUGCGAGGGAGCUGCGGCGAAUGUCACUGGCACCGCCAGUGGAUGCAGAGAAGGUUCAAAAGGAGCUUGAAGAGACGAAGAAUCUUCUUGAGAAAUGUAUGUCUGACCUAGCAGAUCAGAAAAUGUAUGAUCAGAUGCUUGAGAAGUUCAGGCCCUUUUUGACAGCGCUCUCACGGGCAGAACAACUCCUCCGCCGUGAGCAGCCUGAAACGCUGCUGGGCUUCUUGGAACCUAAGGGAAGAAUUUUGACGUUCCUGCUGGAGCUUCACCAGCAAAAGCGCCAGUACCGGCGCCAGACGCACUGCUCACUGAAUGUGCUCUUGCAGUGUGAUUCGUGGCUGGACGUGUAUCACCGUGAAGGCCUUCUGGCCAGAACGCCUCAGGAGCUGCUGCUGGCGCUGCCCAUGUUGCAACGUCGCCGGGUGUCGAAGAUUCCGGAACCUGAUUUGCUCAAGGUCGUGGAGGCUCCAUCGCCACCGGUGAUCUCCCCGACGCGUCGCGCCGCCGUGGAGGCAGAUGCCAAAGUCAUGCGGGAGAAGCGUCUGCGAAGGGCAACUAGAAGGCCAGAGGAGUCGCUGGAAGAUCUACUGAUUAAGAGCAGGGAUCAAGCAGAGGCGUUGGACUAUGCCGCCGGUGGAGACUCUGAUGAGGUUCAGGUGGCUUUUGAGACUUUCCACCGUGCCGUGCGGCAAGCAUUUGAAAAGAAGGCAGCUGCAAAGGGCCGUUUGAGUUUGGAAGGUUUCGAACCCAAACCGCAAAUGGCUGCCUUCCUAGUCGACGUGGGUGUGAAGCGGAAGGCUUGGAGAUCACGAGUCUUCUAUGUGCAGGGCCCCCAACUGGUCCUGUUGCCCUGGCGAACAUUGGCGAACAUUCACCCUGACCCAGCCCUACCUGUGGUUGUGCUGGUUGACCCUAUUUCCACUGGAGCGCUUCUGGUGGACAUCGUGUUGUCUCGCGGCUUCGGGUUCCUCGUCUUGUGGAGUAAAGAACGCGCAGAGUCAUUGCCUAUCAGCCACAAAGGAGUCUACAAGGCAGUCAAAGAGCAAGUCUCCAUUCCUGAAACUGUGAAGGCAAUCAAAGGUGCUCUCAGUCCAGGCUCUGCAAUUAUAGCUUGCAUUCCUGGCAGUGAAUCAGGUGUCAACUUGGCGGAUCUCAUUUCCAUUUGGCUUGGCCUUCUUGCGAAUGGCUCUGGGAACCGACCUUUUCCCGCAGGUGACCGCCGAAACAAACAUUUGCAGGGCAGUGUGCUCAAAGGAAUUGCUGGUUGCCGUGCCAUUCGUGAAGUUUGUGGCUGUGCAUGGGAAGAGGUGAGAGAUUCUUGCAGGGAAUUGGGGCUUCCUAUGGUGGUGAAGCCGGUGCAGUCUGCAGGCACGGAUGGAGUCAAACUUUGCCACUCCAUGAAGGCAGUAGAGGAGCAUUUCAGGCACUUGCAAGCCACACCGAGAAAAGUUGCGUCCUCUGACCAUGCAAUUCUGCUCCAGGAAUUUAUGGUUGGCCAGGAGUAUGUGGUGGACCAAGUAUCUCGGGAUGGAGUGCACAAGACUAUCAUGACUUGGGUCUAUGAGAAGCAACCGGCAAAUGGUACUGAUUUUGUCUAUCUAACAAUGCGUCCAGUGGAGACCAAGGAGUGUCCAAGUGAUCUGAUCCCAUACACCCGUUCAGUGCUUGAUGCAUUGGACAUUCAGAACGGCGCGACCCACACAGAAGUCAUGAUGACUGCUGAUGGUCCCUGUCUUAUUGAAGUCAACGUGAGGGUCAUGGGUGGCAACGGCUCCUUUAUCUCUUUGGCACGUUUGCUCACUGGGACUUCACAUGCUGAUGCGGUUCUUGAUUGCAUCGACCAGAAGCGCUUUGAUGCCUUGCCUGAUGUCCCCAGGGCCUUUCAAACUUCAGGAAUGGUGGUGUUUCUCAUCUCUUAUUCUUCUGGCAUUGUGGCAAGCACACCAGGCUACGAGGUGAUGAAGAAGAUGGAUUCAUUCCUCGAAUUGCACACAUCUAUUUCACCCGGAUCUGCAGUAGAAGCCACUGUGGACACUUUCACCUUUGCUGGCAUUUUGGUGCUGGCUGGCUCCGAAGAUCAGAUUAGGGCAGAUAUUGUGGAGGUGCGUAGACUAGAAAAGGAAGGCGAGCUGUUGUGCAUCCUCUAUUUAAUGCCGUGGUUUAGUUUACUCUUGACUCCUGAGCCUCUGACAGAAGACACUGGCAGGGAUGAAGAGAUGUGGUUGACGAAACUCCUAGAGUUGGAAGCAUGGCAAGAGCACCUCCAGGGUUCUGAGUCGCCUGGGCAAAGCCCAAUCGAAGUGCUGUCUCCCUCUGUGGGGUCACCGCACCAUUCGGAGCCGGAGCCGGAGCAGAGCGCUCAACAGCUUCAGGUGAAGCCGACUGCCGGGAUGGCUGGGCUCUCACCAACACAGGUGGAGGAGUCUGAGUGA